CAAGAGUUUUGAUUAAAAUAAUUGAUCGAUUGCGCAUGCGUAAGAGCUGGACCGCGAAUAGGGGAAAUGCCGGGACUCCCAUCGUAAUAUACUUGUACUUUCUAAAUUCUCUUGGAUCCCUGAUGAGUUUACAUUUUAAACCGCGACAUCAAACGUUAAAGAAUCACGUCCAAAAAAAAAAAUAUUUUUACCAUCGGUGAUACCAGACACGUCCGAUGUUAUAUCACAUACGCCGGGAGUGCCGGACAUGGCGGUCACUUUUGUUCUACAUCUUCUUUUUGUAACAUUUUUUUUGUUUUUCCAAACAUCAACUGUAAGCGGUCAAAAUAAAACUCUGAAAGAUCUCUUCAAUAGUACUUCUUGUGCGAAGCCUCCCUUUAUUUGCCCGCAUCCACAAAUAGAGUUUUAUUUGUAUACCAGAACGACUCAAAAAAAUCCAGUUCUCCUUGACGUCCUAAAUCGCCGGUCAUUGGAAUACACGACGUUUGACCGGUCCCAUCCGACGAAAAUAAUAAUCCACGGAUUUGGAGGCGGAAGAAAUUUAGCGCCGAGCACUGAUCUGAGGAAUGCGUAUUUCAAGCGCGGCGACUACAACAUAAUAAUCGUCGACUACGGAUCAUUAGUCCGCGAGCCAUGUCUGUCGCAAAUGCAGUGGGGACCGGAUUUCUGUUCACAAUGUAUUGCUCAGUUAGUGAGGUACUUGAGGGAUCACCCUCGUGGGAUACCGGUCGCGAAUAUCCACAUGCUGGGCUACAGUGUUGGUGCUCACAUAGCCGGCUUGGUGGCGAACCACUUGCCCGAUGACAAGCUGGGACGGAUUACUGGUCUAGAUCCGACGAUAUUUUUUUACAUGAACGGAAACCGUUCGAGGGAUUUGGACAAAACGGAUGCUCACUUUGUCGAUAUCAUCCACACCGGUGCUGGGAUUCUGGGCCAGUGGGGCCCAAACGGGCACGCGGAUUUUUAUGUAAAUGGUGGUUCCAGUCAACCUGGAUGUGCGACUGCUUCUAUUUUACAAACUCUGGCGUGCGAUCACACAAAAGUAACGCCGUAUUAUAUCGAAUCAAUAACAACGAAGGUGGGAUUUUGGGCAGCACCAUGUGCAAAUUUAUUUUCCUAUCUGACAGGAUGGUGCAGCCCAAAAGACGAAGAAUGGCUUCUUAUGGGAGAGGAUACCCCACACAUCGCUCGAGGAAUUUAUUAUCUGUCAACAAACGCACGCAAACCGUACGCCCGAGGACAUCCAGGAAAAAGGCAACUCCCGAAAAAUCGGAAGCAAUUGUCUUACCGCCAGUAUUAAGUCUGCUUAAGCAAUUAAUCAACAUUAUCAUAGAAUAAUUAAUUAUAAAUUAUAUUUUAUACAUUUUUAUUGUAGAUAUACAUUAAAUAGUUUAGAUUUUUAUUUAUGAUUCAUUAUUAUAUUAAUAUCAAUUAUAAUUAAUUUUUAUACUUUUAGAUUGUGGUUCAUAGAGUACCCUGAUAGCCACCUUAACUGAAACUGCCGUCAAUCUACUGCCGUAAUUUGAAGCCAACUUGACGGAAAGAGUUGGAAAAGCAAGCGGUUUCAGUUAAGUUUCUUAUAAGUUGCUCUGCAAUUUGACGUCAAGACUUGCUUUGCAAGUAUUUCAGUCAAGUUUUAGUAAAGUUUAAAGGAAAUUUAAGUACAAAUUUGAUUGUUAACUUGUAUUCAAAUUGCAGCCGUAUAGAUUUUCGUCAAUUUGCCUACACAACUGUUAUUCCGUGAAGAAUUACCACAAACUUGAUGUUGAGUUAACUGUAACUGGUGAAAGUUAACUAUUUUCUAAGAAAGCGCUGGCUAUCAGGGUAGGUCUAGUAUGUAAUAGUUAUAGACAAUAAUUUAUCGAUAUUGAAUAAUUUUCUAUUGUAAUAAAAUAAAGUUAACAUAAAGAUGCGAAUUUGAAUUUUAA